CCCAUUGCACACAUUGCCGACCCUUAUUCUUCCAGCUGUUAUGGCACGCUACUGAAGCUCUGCGCUAAAGGACAUUGACAAGAACAGGUUGGACAGAUAGCUUUGGCUAUUUUCAUCUUGAUGCAUAAUACCGAAUUAAGAACCGGAAUUAUUUUGCAUCCACACUUCUUUGCAUUUUCAAGUCUACUUACCAUCUUCAGUGAUCAGAAGAUAAUAAAUUGGAUGCUACAUGGUCUUCCCUGAGGCAUUGCCUGGCGGCUCUACACAUCUGUGAUAUCAGUAUUUCAGAUUUUCUCUUCUUUAGGGAACACACACAAGAUACAUAGAAGACAAAAACGUGACCAACAAGGUGAAAAAUAAAAUCCUUGAAGUAUCUAGUCAAUGGGCCUUUGAAAAGUGGGACUUGUCACUGAAGACAAUGCUAUAGGAAUUCUUUGCGUGUGUUUUUUUUUUUUUUUGGUCAUUCAUUCCACAUCAUUAAACAGACACAAUGAGUCUGGGCAGCCUUCCAGUCAUAAAAAACCUGGUUUCUCGGUCCAGGCGGGAACGUGUGUCACUGACAACAGAUAUGAUUAGCCCUCCUCUAGGUGACUUCCGACACACUAUGCACGUCGGUAGAAAAGGUGAAGUCUUUGGAGAUACCUCAUUUCUCAGCAACUGUCGUGAGAAACAAAGACAUAAUCGUUGGAGCUAUAUAACCAAGAAACUCCGCCAGGCUAGAUGGAUGUCACCUGAACCCCAAUCCCCCGGGCAUCCCACAUCGCCUCCACCGCCUCCUAUCUCCCCCAUCAUCAAGAAUGCUGUGUCCUUGCCACUUCUCAACAAACGUAAUUGGGAUGAUGAAAGAGAUGGAAGCUCAGAAGAAGCUUGGAAUUGUAUCUCAGAGACAAGCAGCCCUUACGGUCUGAAAUCUGGAUACUGCACCAUGCCUCGACUCUCUAGCUCUGAGGAUCAGUCAGAGGACACCAGCUCUCAGAAACCAGAUGAUGACUGGGCUAGCUCUGGGCUACCAGAUAGAGAGGAUAUCAGUGUCUGUACUGUUCCUGUGGAGCUUUCUAGCAGUCUGUGGCACUGUGACUCCAUGCAGUCCUUGGUUAUGGACUUCGGACCUUCGCUUACUGAGUUCCUGGAAGGGAUUAGCUUCUGUGAUACUCCCAAGAAAACCGAGGGUGCCAGUGGCUUUAGUGAUCCAUUUAUACCAACAACCAAUGAUGACCCAUUUCAUCUUAACAUAGCUACUAACAUUGGCACAAUGGAGGUAAACCAAUCAUAUUGUGAUAUCCAGGUUCAAGAACCUAAAGGUCUUGCAUGUUGGGAGCCAGCAACCAUACCCGAGGAUAUGGAGAUGGAUACAGACAGUGGAAUCACUGGAUCAGAACAAGGAAGCAGAGGAGUCACUGCUGAUCUAUGGGACUCUGGAGAUGGUGAUGGUGAUGGUUCUGAAAUUGAAAUGUAGACAUUCUUAAAAAAUAAGGGAACUCUCAAGAACUACCGAACCAGAACAAGGAAGCAAGGAAUUCAAUGCUUAACUACUAAGCCUCGUACACACGACCGAGGAACUCGACGGGCGAAACACAUCGUUUUCCUCGUCGAGUUCCUUGUUAGGCUG